GCUACGUAUAUGACAUUGGUCAGCUGGUAAUCUUACGUCAAACCUAAUGAAUAAAGUAUCAGGGAAAACAAAACGAAACAAUCAGUCAAAGAAUAUCAAGAAUUUUGUGUUUUUUUUUGUUGUUUUGUAUUUGUUAAUUAGUAUCGUCAGUAUAUUAAAGUUAUUUUUGAAUACAUUUCGAAUUAACUCCAUUGACGGCUGUAGCAGCCUCGUUUCAAUGUUUCGAUGGAUAAAAUGGAAAUAUUAUAAAAACAUAUUGGAAUUUGUCGACACACAAUCUGAAAAUUGGUUUUAGCAACGAAAAACGAGCAGAAAAUUCGUUGUUUGUAAAUAAGGUGUAUGUGGUGAGGUGAUCCACGUAUGAUGCGUAGCAGAGGGAAACAAAUUGUUUGCAUACGUCCAAAAGUCAAAAGCAAUGUUCAAAGUGACCGAGCAAAGAACGUAACAUAGUCCAAAUAAUGUGCUAUUUCAAAAUUUAUCAUUCCGGUCAUGAGUUGAAUGUGGUGAACAGUCAGCCGAUUGAUAACAUCACCAAAAUUGCAUCACACAAUAAUCAUGUGUUUAUGCUAACAACAGCGAAGCAACUCUUUUUCGGUACACCCAACGGCAAUGGGCCACAGGCGGACAUUCAAUUCGAAUUGAUACGCGAAAAUGUGAUUGAUGUGGCAUGUUCCGUCGACUCAGUGUACGUGGUUGACGAGAAUGGCAGCGUUCAACAUUGUCCACUGAUGGCAUUUGAUUUUGACAAACGAUGGAAUGAUAUUCCGAUAAUGAACUAUGGUGCAAUUUACGAAGGUGUCACAUCGAAUGGUUGUAAUGUUAUUCGUGUGCUGGAGGUUUGUUGCAAUGAUGACGGUGCCUUAUUUAUAACAGCCGAUCGUGAGCUAUACGCAGUGGGAAGUUUUAACGACGUAUGCACAUCGGAUCAACCGAUCAAAGUGGCACAGUUCAUCAAUUAUGAGAUUCUACAAGUGGCAAUGGGAAAGCAUUUUGCAGUGAUUUUAACGCGAAAACGAACAUCACAGCCAUUCCAUUCGUCUGCAUCACAUGCCAAUCACAUCGAUUCAUCGAGUUGUGACGAUUCAAUGGCAUCACUUGACAAUUCACUGGCUCACGCAUCCAUAACGGAAAAUGGCAACGAAAGCCUAGCUUCAACUCCACAGCCUCUAGACACCAAUUUUGACAUGCAUUCGCUGAAUAGUGUGAAUUUGAGCAAUUUAAAAACCGUCACUAACAACACAACCGAUACCGAAAGUAGUUCGCCUGAGCAUUCGUUGGCUUUCGAUGUGGAACAUGCAAUUGGACGGUUACUGAAAACAAACGGCCAAAUUCAAACGCAAGUUUGGUGCUUUGGCAGCAUAAACCAAGCCGGACAAUUGGGUGUUGGCGAUCAUGUGAAGCGAAUGCAUGCCGUCGAAGUGGUGAGCUUACGAGAUCAGGGCGUUGUACAAGUUUGUUCAGGCGAUGAAUACACCGCCGCUUUAACGCUUGAUGCUCGGCUCUAUUUAUGGGGUGACAAUUCCAAUGAACAAAUUUCACACUGGCUGGAGAAAGAGGACUACAGUUCACCGAAACGAUUUUACAAGCCCGAACAAAAUAUCUUUGGCGUGCAGUGUGGCCAACACAGUACUUUCAUUCUAACGAAUAACCUUGAUCGAUACGAACUCAGUCGGAAUAAGCAUUUUCCCAGUAUAAAUAUUUCACACGAAUACACCGACGACUACGGUCAACAUCAAUCGGAUUACUUGCUUUUGGCCAGUCGACAGUAUUUAGUUGUUGGCACCGUGUAUCGUCCAUUGCGAUUUGAAAAGUACUUGGAAUUCGAACAACAAUUUUUACAAGACAUUUUACAAAAUACAAGAAAAAAUAUCGAACAUUUUCUGCGUACUUUGAGUCGAAACAUUCAAAUCAAACAUCCGCAACUCUAUCGACAAUUUGCGCAACAGUACAAUAGUAUUACGGAAUUAGCAGCAAAAAAUAUCGCCAGUCUCUUGAAAUUUGCAUGUCAAAAAUGUGACCACACCGCCAUCGCUUUCAUUCAACAUCACACGGAAUAUGUGCAUUUAUUUCGACAGUAUUGCAAAUUGUAUUGUGAAACGAUUUGCUCCGAUGAUUUUGUGCGUGCCAGUCAAAUUAUUAUUCCGAAUGCGGAUUUUACAUCGAAAUUUUCGAUACCAUUGCAACACACCGCAAACUAUGUGGAUUUUAUUCGUGAAUUGAUCGAAGUAAAUGGUGGUGAAAAUGGGCUAUACCUCAAAUCGGUUCUAAGCCAUUGGGAAAAAUACCGGCAUGAAGUUGAUGAAAUGCUAAAAUCGGCCAAUUUAACAAUAAACUUUUGGACAGCCAAUCAAAAAGUUGUACCACCAACACUACAAAUACCUGAACGUCGUUUCAUCAUGGAUUCAAAGGAAUUUUCGCUAAAACUGUUGCCAUCGAGUCGAUUCAAGUCAAACUGGUUUAUUUUGUUUAAUGACAUCUUCUGUCACAGUACCGGAAGUAGCUCAUCGCUGAAGCAAUACUCGUUAAAAACACUUUGGAUUAGCAAUGUGGUGGAUAAAGAUGUGUCACCAUCGUCAUCGUCGUCAUCUUCAUCGUCGAAUGUGCGAAAAUAUGCAUUCAAAAUUAUAACACCCGAAGAACAAUUUCUAGUUAGUGCCCCGUCCAAUGAUGUCAAAUUAAAAUGGCUACAGGCAUUUGAAUAUCACAUUAAGGAUGCCCUGGGCAAAGUCAAUUCCAAGUCAACAUUCGUGCGACGAACCACAGCCUAUACAUUUAGUGACAAGCAUCGAAUUUAUCCACUGUGUAAAUAUCUGGGCCAGUGGUAUUAUGGAAAGAUGGAUGGAAUCGGAUGCAUCGAAUAUCCAGACGCUCGCAUUUACACGGGCCAAAUUAAAAUGAACUCAAUCACUGGUUAUGGUCGUUUGACAUGCCCGAAUUCCGAUUGCUAUGAAGGUCGCUUCGUCGAAGGUAAAUUCGAUGGUUUCGGAACGCUGGAGACACAUCAAUCGAAUGAAAAUUAUGAAGGCCAUUUUAAGAAUGGCCAGAAGAAUGGGUUUGGCAUUUUGAUCGACAAUAUGCGAACUUAUAUUGGCGAAUUUAUGAAUGGAUCGCCCUGUGGCUAUGGUGUGGUGGACGAUGCCGACAGUGGUGAGAAGUAUAUGGGAAUAUUCAAGGAUGGCCAUCGAUGCGGCCAUGGAUUUUGCAUCACAGCCGAUGGCAAAUACUUCGAGGGAAAUUUCGUUGACAACGAACUGAAUGGAAAUGGUAUUGCAAUGUUCACUGACGGUUCAUACUAUGAAGGUGACUUGAGUAUAUCGGGUCCAAACGGUCGCGGUACAUUAUAUCUACCGGUCGAAUUACUUCAAACCGAAUACAACUUCGAUAUGGACAUUCAAAAGUCCAUGGUGCGAGGCAGCGUGUUGUCCGGUUCGUUGAGUGGUUGUUGGGAAAAUGUUAAGAUUAACAAUGGCAGCAUUUCAAUUAGUCAAGAAUUCACCAAGUAUCCCAGUCAAAUAGGAGAACAUCAAAUCGAUAGUAAAUCGAAAUGGUCGGCACUGUUCACGAAUUGGGAACACGAUGUGUUUGGUGCAUCGAUGAGCGAAAUCAAUGACACGAAAGAAUUAUGGAUUAAAAUUAGUGACUAUAGUGAUACUGUAAAACAAACCGAGGUGCUUAAAUCAACUAUAUCCACAUCAGCUAUUCUGUAUAAGAGCGGCGGCGGCGGUGGUGGCAGUAGCCUAUCGAACAAAAUCUACCAAGAAUCAUCGCAAACAAAUCAUUUUUUGCUUGACACCACCAGCAGCCAAAAUGACUAUCAUGUAUCGAAAUCGCUUAGUUUAAGUCGCAUCACGGGUAAAAAUUACAAACGAAAUCUGUUGGCCGUCGAACGACCGAAAUCAUUGAGCAACGAAUUUCUUAACAAUGCCGUGAACUUUUCAUCAGACGUUGGAGUCAAAAGUGAGGAGGCAGCAAAGGGCAGUUCGGGCGCGAUCAAAAAUGAUCGACUUGAAUUGUCAACGGCAUUGAAAAGUCCAAUCCCCUGUUUUGGCAUAUCAAAAUUAGAUGCAAACGAUCUGAGAUUGAUCCGUGACUAUCUGACAAAAGCGUUUAAAAAUCAAUAUCAUCCGUUGGGCAUUUUAAAUUCAAAAGUUUCGUACUGCUUUUACACAUCGUAUGGCUGCUGGAAAGUGAAACCGAUAUCGGUUCUCUCAACGCAUGCAAUGCACGAAUGGGAAAGCAUAUCCAGACGCAUUUACAUCAUCCUGAGGAAAUUAUUUCCAACAUUGCCACAGGAAUAUGGCACGUUGGACGAUGAGUUCAUAUCACAUCGUAGUUUACUCUAUCCGAUUCUUCUCUCGGAAGGCGUUUAUUCGACAUUGUUUGUUUUGUAUGCAAAUAAAUGCAGCAAACGCGAUGAGAUCUACCGGCAACGCAUUCAAUCAAGUGAAAAGAAAACAGACGAUGAACUCAUGGAAUUCUUGAAACUGUCCGGUAAAUAUCUUCCGUUGAUUAAGAACGAUGAAUUUACAUUGGCAAUACUCGCUUUACAGCAGGUGAAAGAGAAAUUUUGCCCACGUGAAAUGCUCCACUUGAUUGAAAAAACGUUCAAACAUGUUGAAGCGGCAGCUGAAAUAUCCAAAUCCACCACCGAACACCUGGUGAAUGAUGACAAUGAUGAUGCCGAACGAACGACGACAAAUGACACCGAAAUCGUUCAAUUAAACGCAGACAAUAUGAUGCCACUGACAAUAUUCUUGUUACUUCGCGCAGCGAUACCACACCUUGGUACGGAAAUCCUUUUGCUCGAAGAUUUAAUGGGACCUGAUUUUGAAUUCGUUAUGAAUGGAUUCGCCGGCUAUUGUUUCACUACAAUCAAAGCGGCCUAUCAACACAUAAUCAAUGACUCAUUUUUACAAUAAAAUUGGAAGUAACAAAGAUGAAGAACAAAACAUAUUCCAAAACAUCCAAUGAACGCUUUGAAAUUGUGAUAAUCGAAAGAGGAGAUAAAAAAAUCGAAAUUUAUUAAAAUAAAAUCACACCACAAACCAAAACGAAAGAUGGCAAACUUUUGCGAAACACACAAAUGAAACGGUUUAUUAAAACAAUAUUUACAGAUCUGAUUAUGAGGCAGACAGUGAAAAUAUUUAAACACAGAGGGCUACCAGUGAUGUUAUUAUUUCAACGUAAUGAUGAUGCCAAUAUCAAACUUUCUGUUUCCAAGUUUUUAUUACACAAUAGAGAUUAUUUUUUUUUUAUCAGUACCUGUGUGAACCGGAAGGGAUAAUUUGUAAUUCAUUGAAUUAUAGCAACCUUACCAUUUUGUCUGUAUAUAAAUUACGGUAAAUUAGAUGUGAUUAAAUCCAAAAAUAAAAAUGUUAAAUUGAUGAGAUUUGACAAGGA